AUGAACCAAGAGAAUAUAACACGUACUCCACCCCGUAAUGAUUACAGAGAACAUGAGGAGAUCGAAAACGAGACUGUUUCUGCAAUAAAUUUGUCUAAAAUAGUCAAAGACGGACUUUCUAAUACUCAAUCACAAAAGAGAGGUCCUACCACUCCCUUGACACCUAGAAACAAACAGCAUAACGUUAUAAGACGUAAGAUGGAAGAGGAGCCAGGUCGAAUCCGCGAUAUUCUUAGUUUUGGAAAAGAUCAAAGCAUAGAUAUAAUAGACUUGAACUAUCGAAAUUGGGUACUAAAUGAAAAUUUGAAAAAGCAUCAGGAUAUCGUUAAAUUCAUGGAGUUAGAACGUAAAUUCUUAUUAGAGGAACUGUAG